CGUCGCUCCGGCUGCUUUGGCUGCGGGCGAGAUGGCUCUGUGCAACGACCGAACGGAACGGAGCGAUUCCUUCACUAACGUGAAAUCCGUCACGAGCUUAGGAGCCAAAAAAUAUCCAUAACUUUGAUUUCUGCUUUAUGAACAAGAGAAGGGACCUAACAACUCCCUGAAAAGAGUGAAUUAUCAUCAAAUCAAGGCAGAAUUCCUGUUGUAAAGCCUCUGCAAGAGAAGAACACUGUAAAAGCUGGUUCUGCUUGAGGCUGCUGUCCUACUUUGUCACUACUUUCCUAGUCUUAGCGAGUGAUGUCACAGCAGCUCUGACAUUCAGACCUCAGUAAUUCACUAGUUAACAGGCAGGAGCAUUUGAAAGCAAUCAUGGAUGACUAUGAUAUCAGGUCUGCUGCCAGCAUUUUAGCAUCUGUUAAGGAGCAAGAAGCUCGUUUUGAGCGGCUUACCCGUGCACUCGAGGAAGAGCGGCGCAAUGUCUCCUUGCAACUCGAGCGUGCCAAUCAGCCCGCAGACCGCAUGAGCAUUUGCAACAUUGGCAAUGGUCAGCCACUGGCAACCGCCUGGCAGCAGCUUGUCCUGCAGAUGAAGGACCUAGCUUGUACUUCUGACUCCUAUGUGCAUGAACAGAGCCCCAGUAACCAGACAUCUAUAGCAAUGAUGCAAGAACCUCAGGAAAUGGUGGAAGAAACAGUUACUGUGGAGGAAGAUCCAGGCACCCCCACUUCCCACGUGUCUAUUGUCACUUCUGAGGAUGGAACAACAAGGAGAACUGAAACCAAGGUCACCAAAAUGGUCAAAACAGUCACCACUCGAACAGUGCGCCAGGUCCCGCUUGGACCCGACGGCCUGCCGUCGAUGGAUGGCUCGUCUCCCAUGGGCAGCUACACAGAUUCAAUAGACAGAAGGUAUAUGAAGAAUGGGGAGCGGUACAUCACCCCACAGGCGUCGUCCACAUUGACCAGAUCUUACAACAGCUACAAUGAUUCCUACCCUGACAGCCACGAGGGCCAGUAUCGACCUUACAUCGGUCAUGAUGGUUAUGGAGACCUAGCAGAUAACUAUGGCAGCUUGUCACGUGGCGUCAACUACCGUCCUCGCUACGCCUAUGUGCCAGGAAACAGCUACCGGCCGGACGACGGGAGCUUCACUUUGCCGAGCAGAAGGGAUAACUAUGGUCCUGUUGCCCAGCCUCAGGUACCAGUGGGCAGCAGUGUUGACUUGAACCGCUCUCAGCCGGAACGUUUCCAGCCAGAGCCCUAUGGGCUGGAGGAUGACAACCGCAGCCUUGGGGUAGACGAUGAAGGAUAUGAACUGGAUCCGGAUUAUUCUACUGUGAACCGGAGGACAUCUGCAGGUGUGCCAGAGAGAGGAAGACCCCACAAAGGAAGGGGCUACGAUGACCCCAUUGAGACAGAGAUGGUGGAAGAGAGGAUCCCAUACCUCCAUGGCAGCUACGCAGCACCGCUGGCGCAGCCAGAGCGAGGAAGCAUGGCCAGCAUCGACCGCCUGGGGAAGCGCUCCCCCUCUAUUGACAGCAUUCGCAAGGACCCCAGGUGGAGGGACCCUGACCUCCCUGAAGUCAUUGCCAUGCUCAGCCACCCUAUCGACCCGGUCAAGUCUAACGCCGCUGCCUACUUGCAGCACUUGUGCUACGAGAAUGAUAAAAUCAAGAAGGACGUGAGGCACCUUAAGGGGAUCCCCAUCCUGGUGGGCCUGCUCGAUCAUCCAAAGCCAGAGGUCCAUCGCAAAGCCUGCGGGGCCCUCAGGAACAUCUCUUAUGGCAAGGAUAACGAAAACAAGGUGGCUAUAAAGAACUGUGACGGGAUCCCUGCUUUGAUCAGACUCUUGCGAAAAACAAAUGACAUGGAAGUCAGAGAGCUAAUUACAGGCACUCUAUGGAAUUUGUCUUCCUAUGAGCCCCUGAAGAUGGUCAUCAUCAACCAUGGCCUGCAGACGCUCACCAACGAGGUGAUUAUACCCCAUUCUGGCUGGGAGAGUGAGCCCAACGAGGACUCGAAGCCUCGCGAUGCUGAGUGGACAACUGUCUUCAAGAACACUUCUGGUUGCUUACGGAAUGUAAGUUCAGAUGGAGCAGAAGCACGCAGAAGACUAAGAGAGUGUGAUGGCUUGGUGGAUGCCCUCCUUCAUGCCCUACAGUCUGCAGUUGGCAAGAAAGAUACAGACAAUAAGUCCGUGGAGAAUUGUGUGUGCAUCAUGCGGAACCUUUCCUAUCAUGUCCACAAGGAGGUCCCUGGAGCUGAUAAAUAUCAAGAACUUGAUGCUGGUCAGACUGCGGGCACAGGAGGCUCUCAGAAAAAGAAGAAAGACGAUGCUGGUUGUUUUGGUGGAAAGAAAGCUAAAGGAAAGAAAAAUGGAGAUUUGGACAGGAAUUUUGAUACACUUGAUUUGCCCAAGCGGUCUGAGACAGCAAAAGGCUUUGAAUUACUGUACCAACCAGAUGUGGUCCGACUGUACCUUUCCAUCCUCACCGAAAGUCAGAACUUUAACACUCUGGAAGCUGCAGCAGGGGCUUUGCAGAAUCUCAGCGCUGGCAACUGGACUUGGUCCACAUACAUUCGUGCAACAGUGCGGAAAGAGAGAGGUUUGCCAGUGCUUGUGGAGCUACUCCAGUCCGACUCUGACAAGGUUGUGAGAGCUGUGUCAAUUGCUUUGAGAAACCUUUCCAUGGAUCGCCGCAAUAAAGACCUUAUAGGUAGUUAUGCCAUGAGUGAGCUGGUUAGAAAUUUGCCUAGCAGGCAGCAGAGAUCUGCAAAGAACCUGGAAGAGGAUACAGUGGUUGCUGUAUUGAAUACAAUCCACGAAAUCAUUACUGACAGCUCAGAAAAUGCAAGAUCUCUGAUCCAGACACAGGGCAUUCAGAAGCUGGUGGCAAUCAGCAAGUCAAGCCAGUCUCCUCGAGAAACAAAAGCAGCGUCUCACGUUCUUCAGAUGAUCUGGAGCUACAAGGAGUUACGAAAUGCUCUGCAGAAAGAUGGCUGGAACAAAUCACACUUCCAGUCUGUUUCUGCAACGCCAAAGAGUUCCAAGGCUGCUGCUGGCAGGUCUGGCUAUGAUGACAGCACUUUGCCGCUGGUGGAUAAGAGCCAAGAUAAUGAGAAAACUGGGAGUCGUGAUAUGAUACCUAUGGAUGAGCUUGGCCCAGAUGGCUACUCUACCAUCGAUCGCCGGGACAAGGAGCGCAAAUACAAGACCAGCGACAGCACAGGGGACGCCUCAGAGAAAGAACCUUUGAAAGCCUAGAGUCCAACCACAUUUUUUUUUAAUUGAGGCGGAGAAAAAAACAUUGAAUUGACACAGGAUUUCAUCAGUCACCACUGCCAUUCCGAUCUGGAGGGCGCUGCAUCACUGACAAGGCUGCGGAUUCUAAGAAAAUGCAGGGAGAAAACACAACUGACUGCCAUUGCCAACCCCAGAGCACCAUGCCUUACAGCAAGACAGUUUGCUUUUUAAAUCAGUUACAUUCCCACCAGACAUAGCUGCCUCCUGCUCCCUCCCACUCCUGCAAGAGUAAAGCAAGCAAGAGAAGAGAAUCCAAGUUCCAUCCGGCUGGCUGCAUUCUUCGGUGACUCUUACAUGUGGAAGGUGCCAAGAAUGAGAAGCGAAGGUCAUGCAGCAGCAAAGAGGACAGCUUCAUAAGUGAACUGCAGAAGAUCUGAAACGAUACCUUAGGUGUAGUCAUGAAGAUAAUAGCACUUCUAUGGAUUGGAUCCCGUGGUUUUCUUUUUGUUUUGGGGGAUUUAUUUUGAACUGUGAAUCUAACACUUUUAAAGGGGUUUUGAAAAAUGCUGAGGUUUUCUUCGUUAUUUCAACAGGAAUUGCAGGAAUGUUGAGUGGGUUUAUUGAAUUUCAAUGAAGAGAAAAUACAGAACAAAAAAUACUAAAUGCUGGCCAAGUGAACUGGAGAGUAGAUAGCAAAAUUGAUGCAAGCUGUAUAAAUCUGCUUUUAGAGUAAGCUAUAUCAAUCACAGUGCUAUAUUAUCGUUAUAAUCUGAUGUACAGUACUUCUGCCUUUGGAAUUCUGUAAUGGCUCUGCUUUUAUUUCCACAUGAAGGUUUUAAUGUCCCCGGUUCAGAAAUGUAUACUGAGAAAUGGAGUUGGCUGGCUUUUUAUUUUCUUAUUCUCAAAGAUUGCAGUAAGGAGCUUUUACAUCUUAAUCGUAUCAGUGUUACAUUGAUGACAAUUAACAGUUUAUUUUGCUGUAGCUGUUAACACAUUGGAAGAAAUAGAAGCUUCUUCACAGGAUGUCUUAUUUUGAACAUACAUUGCAGUUUAGGUGGGUCUGUCUGUUUGAUGGUAAAUUUAUCACUGUUGGAUCCAUGUUUGCUUUGGGCUGAAGAUCCUGGUGGAAAAUGUCAUAAAGGGAACAGAUCAGACAUUUUUAAAAUCAUCAUCAUUUCUGUGUUCCCUUGAUAUUGUUUGGAGCUUACAUGUUCUUGGUGGUAUGAAAAUCAUCCACGUGCAGAUGUUCUCCUCUUAGAUGCCAUGGUGUGCUCUGAUAAGGCAGGAUUUUUACCUCAUGAGAACAGAGAACUAUGCUGCAUAUACAGAAUCUGAUAAUGCCGUGAACUAAGUGACUUUAGAUCACUGAUUUUCUCCAGGCAUUGGUCAAGAGAGGGCGGCAGAAGAGAAGAGGAAUGAAAUAUCUCACCAGUAGCAUCAGAGGGCUUUUGCUGAUUUUGUUUGGUUGCCACAUUUAAUUCUAAAUAAGCUCCUAGAAGUGGUGUGACUGGAAAGCACAUUUUUGAGCCUAGCAAACAUUCGGGGUUUUCAGUGCCUGCCAUUUCCUUUGUAAUUAAAAAGGGGAA